AUGCAGCGAAGCAGAAGCCUACAGAAACAGAGGAGGGCUACGCAUGCAGGGACGUGGUAUGACGCUGACAGGAGUAAAUUGUCUGGACAGAUUCAGCGAUGGAUUGAGCGCGCCGCCAAAGUCUGCGACGAUGGGCAUAUAAAGGCCCUUAUUUGCCCGCAUGCAGGCCUUCGCUUCUCAGGGUCUACAGCUGCUUGUGCAUGGAAGCAAGUUGACCCCUCGAAAUACGAGAGGGUUUUCUUAUUGGGUCCUUCGCACUACAAACACUUUAAGGGGGUUGCGUUGCCUCCUGAGGGUUGUAGUGUUUAUUUAACACCAUUAGGGGAUUUACCAUUGGAUAUAGAGACUCUCGAAACCCUCAGAACCUCGGGGGUUUUUCAAGGGGUUUCUCUUGCUGAGGAUGAGGAGGAACAUAGUGUUGAGCUUAUGCUUCCUUUUCUUAGGCAUACCUUCAAGGAGGGUGUAAAGAUAGUUCCGAUGAUUGUUGGGGAUUUAAAGGGACGCAAAGACAAUCAAAAAUUUGUUGAUAUGUUGUUGGACUAUUUCCUCCAAGAUGAGAACCUCUUUAUCAUAUCUUCGGACUUUUGUCAUUGGGGAUCACGGUAUUCUUAUUACUACCUGGAGGAUUCACGACCUGAAGUCCCCAUACAUGAGGCUAUAGAGAUGGAUAGGAAGGCCGUCAGCUUCAUCACUGAACAUCAAAGCCAAGGGUUUUACGAUUACUUAGAAACAACAGCUCCUAGAAGCCGCAGCAGCAAAGAACGCCGCAAAGUUCUCAACACAGCUCAUUGCCUAUUCGCAGUCAAGCCAAGCAAAGUCGCGUAA